ACACACACACUCCUCUUGGCUGGACGGCUGUCAGAAGAUGGUGUCUGCAGCCACAGAGAGAUGAUCCACCGCGCAGCCUGGUGAAGCGCGCACAACGGUCCGUGCAGGUAUCGACGCUGCAGCAACAGCAACAGCAGCGCACUGAUGAUGCUGGUCAGAUAAAAGACAUCAUCUCAUCUCACUGUGUGUGUGGACGCUGCAGGGAAUAGAGAGAGGCUGGACGAUGCAGCAGCAGCAGCAGCAGCAGCCCUGAGCCAUUAAAGGCUGUGUUCUUGGAUUUAAGAGGGAUUCUUUGGAGGUAUAUGAAGAUAUUCUCUAGUGCAUCCAGGAGAAAUUGAAUUAAAGUGUCUGCACUCAGCUGUGACCUGUGGGACUCUUGGUGUUGGAGGUGUGGAGACCUUUUUAAUUAGCCAGACUCUCUCCGGGUUUUCGUCGUCUGCAAAGUUUACUUCAGAGAAAAGGAGACUGGACGACACUUCAUCUGCUCCAAGGCUGCAUUUUCUUUUUUUCCUCAGCUGUCUUUGUGACAGAACACACAGCCUGGAACCAGCAUGGUCACAUUACCAGCCUUAAGGCGCACUGGGACGAUGCAUUGGCGACAUUGUGCGUGAUUGUGGACACCAAAGCUGAAUACCGAUCCAACACUAUACUGUCUGCUGGUGCACAGUCCUGCAGGAGGAGCGUGUCUGUCUGCACACUGACAGCAGUUUGGUCGGGUAUUUUCUGCGCACCACGUCUCAUGCAUUCGUCUCCUGCAAGACAGACCUCCGUGCACAUGUGAUCUGCUCCCUGUGGGCUUUGGCUGGAGACUCCCGAGGAGAAAGUCAGGAAAGGACGAGGAUCCGUGCACGGAAAUAGUCUCGAUUAGGCCCCCAGCAGCAAAGGAGCAUGUGGGUAUGAAUAAAAAAGCGCUGAUGGCAGUUUUUAUGGCAGAUACCUGGAGUUGAUCUGCGUCUUAGAAUUAAAAGCUGCGCCUUUUUUCUGACUAAAGAGGUCAAACAAGCAUGUGGAGUGAAAGCAAACAGUGCGGAGGAUGUGUUGUGGAUGGAGUUGUGCUCAGACAUGUAAACAAAACAGGGUGAAGUUCAGGAGCUAUUACUGUGUAUAUAUCCCCCAGAGGAGCUGAGAGGAGAACAGGGAAAUGGACUGGAUCUGAUAUUCCACACUUCUCAAGAACAAGCUUUUAAACAUAUUUCUUUAGUGUUUCUUUUUUCCCCCCAAAUACUUUUCCAAUGAGUGAAACAGUGUGCGGGCAGCUGAGUGGAUUUGGACAGGAACAGAGCAAGCAGAGAGUGAACCUAGCAGUCUCAAGUGCUUCAAAAGGAAUGCAGGGAUUGACGUCAAGAGGUGCAAUAAUGAACUAUUCCAACUGUUUGGAGGGUCUGCUGGUGUUUCUACAGCCACUACUCUGCUAACUCAGUGGAAUUUUUCUCUUGUUUGUGCUCUCCUUUUUUCACUUUUAAGAGUUAAACAAUCAUCGCCCUAUAGUUGUUAUACUGCUGCCCCAUUCUUUGCCUUACUUCUUUAUCAACUUUGAAACAACUGUCCCUUCUGCAUAGAUUUUUUGGAUAAAACAACAACAACAUGGCAUCCCCCCAACAUCAACAACUGCUGCCUCGCAACACAGAAGUGAGCUGUGACUCAAGUGGAGAUGGAGGCGUCUCGGUGAGGAUUGGCAGCGGUGUCAAACACAAGCAUGUAGGCGGGCCGCUGGGUUCAAUCGGGGGAGGUUUCAUGGUGGGGGCCAAACACUGCAAGUACAGCAUUUCCUCCAGCUGCAGCUCUGGAGAGUCCGGCGCCAGGAGGCCGGCGGUCAAGAGCUUUCGCUCUCAGAGGAAGAUGCCUCAGCUUUUUGAGAGAUCCGCCGGUCAUUUCUGGGACCCGAAGUUCGACUCUUCGAUCCUGGAGGAGGCCUGUAGAGAGCGGUGUUUCCCUCAGACCCGGCGGCGCUUCCGCUUUGUGCUCUUCUACCUGGUCGCCGCCGCCCUCCUCUGGGGAUCCUACUUUGCCGCCAACCCUUCCCGCUGCGACAGGACUGCCUUUCUCCUUCCCACCGCGUCCUUCCUCCUUUUCUGCCUCCUUCUCUUCCUCCUAACGUUCACUAAGCUCUACUCUCGCUGCUACAACCUAGUAUCUCUGCUGCUCAUCGUCGUGACCUUUGCCCUGACCCUGGCCCCCCAGAUCCAGACAUCAAGCUUCAGGGACCCGGAGACUCCCACACUCGAUCUGGAAGAGUACAGUGGCAUGGGACCCACAUACAACCUGUCCUAUGACAGGCCUCUGGGAGGUAACCCCUGGUCCCCGUGUCUUUCUCCUGUAGGCACCUUCUCCCUGUGUAUCGAGGUUCUUCUGUUGCUCUACAGCGUUCUCCACGUUCGCCUCUACGCUUCAGUCGUGCUCGGGUUUCUCUACUCCGUCGUUUUUGAGAGUUUGGGCUGGCUGCACCUGACCCAGGCAGGGGCGAACUGGAGCUUCGCCUCUCAGUCAGACUGGGAUACGCUAUGUUGGCUCGGCCCAGCCAAAGCUCUGCUCCACCUCUGCGCCCACGCCAUCGGCAUCCACCUGUUCAUCAUGUCAGAGGUGCGGUCGCGCAGCACCUUCCUUAAGGUGGGGCAAGCUAUCAUGCACGGCAAAGAUCUGGAGGUGGAGAAAGCCUUGAAGGAGCGGAUGAUCCACUCCGUCAUGCCCAGACUCGUGGCUGACGAACUGAUGAAGCAGGGCGACGAGGAGAUAGGUGAUAACUCUGUCAAACGAUACUCCACCAGCGGCGCGGCAGCUGUCAUCUCCAGCCCUAAAAACAAUAAACGCAAGAAAACCUCCAUCCCUCGUGGCCACAUAAUCUUCAGACCUUUCAACAUGAAACGGAUGGAGCCCGUCAGCAUCCUCUUCGCAGACAUCGUGGGUUUCACAAAAAUGUCUGCCAACAAAUCCGCCCAUGCCCUCGUCGGCCUUCUAAAUGACUUGUUUGGACGUUUUGAUCGACUUUGUGAGCUCACAGGAUGCGAAAAGAUCAGCACUCUGGGAGACUGUUACUACUGUGUGGCUGGUUGUCCUGAACCCAGACCAGACCACGCCUAUUGCUGCGUGGAGAUGGGCCUGGGCAUGAUUCAGGCUAUCGAACAGUUCUGCCAGGAGAAGAGGGAGAUGGUCAACAUGCGGGUGGGCGUCCACACUGGCACCGUGUUGUGUGGCAUCCUGGGAAUGAAGCGCUUCAAGUUUGACGUUUGGUCAAACGACGUCAACCUGGCCAACCUAAUGGAGCAGCUGGGAGUGGCUGGGAAGGUCCACCUGUCGCAGGCCACCGCCAACUUCCUGGAUGACCGCUACCAGCAUGAGGACGGACAAGUGAUUGAGAGAAUAGGACACAGUGUGGUGGCUGACCAGCUCAAAGGCCUGAAGACCUACCUGAUCUCUGGCAGGAAGGUGGAGCCUCCCUCUCUCUGUAGCUGCUCUCAGUCGGGGUCGGCUGGGCCGGAGCAGGUAGAUCCUCGGUGUCCCACUUCCAGGGUGCACACACCUGACGCAGCCCCUUCAGCCAGCCCCCUGCCUCCUGACAGUGCUAAGUCUCCUUGUGUAUCCUGCAGUGUGGUCCUGAUACCAGGGGAGGAUCAGGUUCUGGAGGAAGGAGCGGUGCACAAUGGCUGCCAUGACGACCACAAGACUAACAUCAGCAAGGACAUUACAAAUCUGAAGUGUUCCCCAGCGGUUUCUGCAGGGCGCAGCCCCAAGGCUCUGAACGGCCUGCUCAGUCCUCAGCUGGAAGCCUUGAACAACAGCCAGACAUCGCUGUGCGAGAUGCUGCAGGAGAAGGAGAAGAAGACGUGGAGUGGAGGACACAUGGGCAUGGACCACUCGGCGCUCAUCCCUCUACGCUCCAAGAACUUCAGGGAGCGGAGCGACGCUCACUUUGUGGAUGUUAUUAAAGAGGACAGCCUCAUGAAGGACUAUUUCUACAGACCUCCCAUAAACAAGCUGAGCCUCACCUUCCUGGAGAGUAGCCUGGAGUCUGCUUACCGGAUAAGCUACCAGGAGGAGGUGGAGACCCAAGCACCGGUGCAGACUUUCGCCAGUCCAACGUUCAGUUCUUUCCUGGACAUGCUGCUGUGCUGCUUGGUGUUUCUGGCUCUCUCAUUGGCCUGUUUCCUUCGACCGCUCGUCUCCCAGCAGAGUUUGUCCACACCAGCACUCAUUCUGACUGCAGGAGCCACCCUGUUGGAGGCUGUGGCUCUGCUUGUUGCUAUACGUAUGGCCUUCUACCUGGACAGCGUGCUACACUGUACUCGGGUGCUGAUGAGUGCGAUUUCAGGCUGGAUAGCGCGUCACUUUAUAGGAGCCGUCCUGGUGUCCCUGCCCACCGUGGCCGUCUUCUCCCAUGUCGCCUGUGAUAUGCAUCUCUCCAUCCAGUUCACCAUGUUCAUCUGCUGUGCCGUCUUCAUAGCGAUCAUUCAGUACUGUAACUUCUGCCAGCUCAGCUACUGGAUGCGCUCAGUUCUGGCGACUCUGGUGGGACUAACUCUGCUUGCCUUGCUCUUCAGCUCCCCCUGCAGUGUUGCCAAGAGUCUGUUUUUCUGGUCGGAUGUCCAGAGCCACAACAGCAGCAGCAACAACGGCUCCAUCUUCAUGUCUGACAGCCCAGCAGACCCAAACCCACAGGACCUGCUGGGCCCCGAGGCCUGCGUGGCCUUCUUCCUGGUCCUUCUCCUGAUCUGGUUCCUUAACCGCGAAUUUGAGGUCAGUCACCGCCUGCAUUAUCACGGCAACGUGGAGGCGGAUCAACACCGCAUCAAGAUCCAGAACAUGAGGGACCAGGCUGACUGGCUGCUCCGCAACAUCAUCCCCAUCCACGUGGCGGAGCAGCUGAAGGUCACCCAGAGCUACUCCAAGAACCACGACAACGUGGGGGUGAUAUUCGCCAGCAUCGUCAACUUCAGCGAGUUUUACGAGGAAAGCUACGAGGGAGGCAAGGAGUGCUAUCGCGUCCUCAACGAGCUGAUCGGAGACUUUGACGAGCUGCUGCGGAAGCCCGCCUUCUCGAAUAUGGAAAAGAUCAAGACCAUCGGCGCCACGUACAUGGCGGCGGCGGGUCUCAACGCGCAGCAGUGUGCGGACGCGGCGCAUCCUCACGCCCACCUCCGCGCCCUUUUCGAGUUCGCGCUCGAAAUGAUGCGCGUGGUGGACGACUUCAACAAGAACAUGCUGGGCUUCGGCUUCAAGCUCCGCAUCGGGUUCAAUCACGGGCCUCUGACGGCGGGGGUGAUCGGCACCACGAAGCUCCUCUACGACAUCUGGGGCGACACGGUCAACAUCGCCAGUCGCAUGGACACUACGGGUGUGGAGUGUCGCGUCCAGGUCAGCGAGGAGAGCUACUGCGUGCUCAACGGCAUGGAUUAUGAGUUUGAUUACCGCGGCACAGUCAACGUCAAAGGCAAAGGUCAGAUGAAGACCUUCCUUUACCCGAAGAGCAGCGACAGCGGCCCCGUGCCUCAGUACCAGCUCUCAGUCUCACCAGAGAUCCGGGCACAGGUGGACGGGAGCAUCGGGCGCUCGCCCACCGACGAAAUCGCCAGCAUGGUGCCCGCAACCGGCAUAACUGCAAGCAGUACCAACACUUUGGUACCCAGCACCAGCACUGGUUCCUCCACCACCACAGGGCUCAGCCAUGAGAAGCAGGCGGACAGCCGCGAAAGACGUCCCUCUACAGAGACCAAGAGAUCUACGUCUCACCUAGAAGCACCGCCGCCGCCUUCUGCAAAUAACAAACUCAUCAUCUCAUCCUCUGUCCAGCAAAACGCACCCCAAAGUACCACAACAAUGUCCCAGAAAGACGUCAAGAAAGACAAAUGCGAUGAUGAUCAUGACAGUAAUGUUGGGGAGUUAACCAGACUUUAAGCUACUUUUAUCGUAAAUCCUCGACCCUUUAAGCUCUAGUUCCUGCCGGUUUGUAGAAUACAUUUAGUCCUCAGAAUCAGAGAGAACGAAACACGGGCUUCCUCUCUUGUCGCUGGACCACAAAGUGAGUAUCAGGCAGGAACACACAGAGGAAACGGGAAGAUGCGAUGGCUGACUCUGAACCUCCUCAUGCCUGCUACAGAUCCCAUCGUCUCCCAUCAACUUACUUGAUUAUAUCUGUACACCUUUAAUCUGAAUCGUUUCUUUCAUACGUCUUUUUAAGUGCCUUUAGAGUAGAAUAAUGUGUAGACUAAGCCUUUUUGAGUAAGGGAAGAAUAACAUAAAGGGAAAAACUGUAAAUAAGCAAACCUUUUUGUGUUUUGCUUUUGUUACAGCUUUACUUUGUAGGCUAUACUUUGCUAUAAUAUAUAUGCCUUUUUUUUAUCAACGAAGAGCUCACCUUAUGAGAAGUGCUACAACGUGAGGAGAAUCACAAUGCGUGGCAAGCGAAAGGGAAAUAAGACCCAAGAUAUGUAUUAGUAAAAUCUGCACUAGAACGCAACAGAGGUUCUUCUUGAGGACUCUUCAAUGAAAGGCACAGCAGAGACUAAUCAAUACGGGCUAAGGGCAGACGGGGCCGCGUGUCGUACGAGUGUAUUUGCAUGCAUACGGUGUGUUUGUGAGUGUGUGUAAUGAGAUCGUGCAGGGUUUAAUGAGGAGAGGUCCCUCUGAGUUACUCGACUGACUUGGUGAAACUGAUGACAAACAGUUUAGGAACGCAGUCGCAAAAAAUAAAAACAAAAGUUGCUGAUGUGGCAGCUUUUUCUCCGGCCUCGGUUAAGAUCUUUGUACUGCCUCAGCACUGAGGCACGAUGGUCGACAUUUAAUCAGCAUGCUUGCAACAACGGCAAUCGUAGACAAGGUUAAACUAGUGUUCGUGCUCUUAAGGGAACCCAAGCUGUGUUAAGUGUUGGUGAGUGUUUCAAUGGAUCCUACGAGGCACUGCUGUAACCUGUAGAGUGUCUUGACUGUAGAUUGAUUAGAGAAAACAACUGCCUACUGUAUAGGUCUCGCUGUAUGGGUUACACUGUGUGUUAGCUGAUAGGGCUUUUUAAGACAUGGAUAAUCAAAGUGGAAUGUCGCAAAUCAAAACUAAAUGUUUUUUAUUGUAUUUAUUGUAACACAAAACUUGAACCGUUCAUGUGAAGCUCCCCUCUCGAAUCUCUGUGAUUUGAAAGACAUUACUAGACGGAGACGGCUGGUUGCGUUAGCUGCAUGAAACUUAAUGUAAUAGCACUGUAAAUGCAAAAGGCAGUGCAACAAUAUUUGGUAUUAUAGGUGUUUUUACUCUUUUUCUUUUUGACUUCAUUGAUUUCAUGCUAUAAAUCCCAUGAUAACCUUUCAGCAUAUUGUAAUUCAAGUGUUCUGAGAGAAAACUAGACUUCUGCAACUCCUCAUGGCUCUGUUUUCAGGCUU